UCGCACUACUUCCGUUCCGUACUGUCGAUAUGUCGGCGUGUGUUUACUUCGUAGCGGGAGCUGUUCUCCUCUAUCUGAUAGUUUACUACAAUGUGUUCAGAGGAGUGCGGGGCUCGACCUCAGUGAGGCUGGAGGGGAAGACAGUCAUUGUCACUGGAGCCAACACUGGCAUUGGUAAGGCCACAGCUCUGCUGCUGGCAAAGCGAGGAGCCAGGGUGAUUCUUGCCUGCCGCAACAAGGAGAAAGCUGAGGUGGCUGUCUACGACAUCCGCAAGGAGAGUGGGAACAAUCAGGUGGUUUUCAUGCAGCUGGAUUUGGCGAGUCUAAAGUCUGUGCACAGUUUUGCUGAAACAUUCCUUAAGACUGAACCAAGACUGGACAUCCUCAUCAAUAAUGCAGGUGUGAUGGGUCCAGGAUACACUGAGGAAGGCUUUGGCGCAGCAUUUGGGGUGAACCACCUCGGUCACUUCCUUCUCACAAACCUCCUUCUGGACCGACUGCAGCGGUGCGGCCACAGCCGGGUGCUUACCGUGGCUGCACUCCUGCACCGCUUCGGAAGCAUCGACUUCCCUCUGCUGGCUUCCAAGAAAGAUUUAGUGUCCAGUCAGUCCACCUGGCACAACUUCCAGGCCUACUGCAACAGCAAGCUGUGUAACGUCCUCUUCACCAGAGAGUUGGCCAACCGGCUGGAAGGAACUAGCGUCACCUGCUACAGUCUGCACCCAGGCGUCGUCUACACAGAACUGUGUCGCAGUAUGAGUCUGUGGCAGCAGCUCCUCAUUAUGCCCUUUGCCAAGCUCUUCCUCAUGGAUCCAGAGAUGGGAUCACAGACGACCCUACACUGUGCCCUGCAGGAGGGCAUCGAGCCUCUCAGCGGACGCUACUUCUCUAACUGUGCAGUGCAGCAAGUGGGCGCCAAAGGACGAGAUGAUGCCCUGGCAAAGAAAUUAUGGGAGGUGAGUGAGAGGUUAACCGGGUUAUUAUAAUUGACUGAAACCUAAUCUAGAAGCUCCGAAGACUUUAUGGAUACUCGGCAUUUCACACAUAGACCUCAGUGGGCGUCCAGUGUUUUUGGCUUGUUCCUAAUCUCUAUAACUCAAAGAGCUACUUUUAUACUGUGUGUUUAAUCGUGGGUCAUGUUUGUUAUAUUUCUGUUCUUCUCUAAGCACUGUGCCUCCAAUUUGUUAAAUGACAGUUUUUCACAUGUUGUAAUUACUUUAUUUAUGGAUUUCUUAAAGCACUUCUGGAAAUAUCCUUCAAACUUGAUUACUCUCAGUUGAGGGCGAGUGAGCUUACAAUGAUGUCACCAUAUUCCAGGGAAAUUUGUGAUAUUAUGAAUGAUAAAAAAAACAAAAAUUAUUUUUUUUAUUAAUGAUUUACAAGGGCAAAAAGUGUAUACCCACAAUUUCCCAGUAUGCCUAUUUACAGUAGUAGUGAAUCUAGCACCGCAAGAUGGCCACAGCAUCAUGGUUCAGUCGUGACAUAGCAUAAAUAAUAAUAAUGAUGUGUCGUGCACUACACAAAAAAGUGUAGUGCAAUACUUUAACUUCAGGAAUGUGCACAACUUUGUCAUCACCUGAUGAUAAAUAAUACAAUUGACCUCAAUUUUUAUUGCGUGCAGCAACAAAUGGGAGCAGUCCAAACAGCCGUUCUGUCAAACUGUAAGCAGUCACUGCUUAUAAAAUGCUUUCAUAACUUGGGGGAUGGUUUGGGAUUUUUGACAGUACAGUACUCUCACUGUGAUGCUGUGCAGACACAGGCUCAGUGAAACACUGCUGUGACUGGGCCAAAACAGAAUGGUCACCUAGUGAAAUCAACAUGUGUGCACUAUCUUAAGAAUACAUUCCAUUACACAGCCUUCUCUGACUGGAAACUGGUUUGUGUUGCGUUGUCAACUAAUCGUCCCAUCACAAAAGAGUGAAUCAUGGCAAUUUUCUCACAUUUCGAGCAGCUUGUUUUGGACUUUAACUCAUUGGGAUCCGUGUUGAAUGACUGGUGAGCUACAGACAGUGGGUUAAUUGAGCUGCACUGGACUCUGCUUUCACUGUUGUCAGGUCAGGUAUUACAUUACAUUACAUUACAUAGGUAUUAGUUACAAGGCAGCAGCAUUAGGUAAAUCAGUGGCCAUAUGUUAUCUAAAGGAAAGUCUUUUUAAGAGCAGAAAAUUGCACAGCAGAAUGAGUUCUGGUUAAUGUAAUGGUGACGUAGCAUUUGUGUUUACUUGACAAUAUAUUUACACAGUUGGUUCAAGAGAAAGCUUUACACGUGUGCGUCACAGCCGUCUGCAAACCUUGUCUCGUCUCUCCUGUGGAACAGCUUACAUUAGAACAAAACAAGGUUAAAUAAAUGCAUGUUGGACUCUCUCUGUAUGUGGCGUGUGUGUGUCAGAGGACUAAUUAGUAGUUAUAGGGGUCUCAUUUGUCUACUUGUUAAGUAUUUAAUUAAACAAAAUUAAAAGAC